AUGCAUAAAGUUAAUUCGCCGAACCUUUUGAGAAGUGAUGUGUACUCGUGUACCAUUCCAAUAGAUGGUAGGAAAGCGCGGAUAUUGAACUCGGGCUUCGGGAUGCAUCGGGCGGGCAGGCAUGUCCGCGAGCCCCUCCCGCCACGUCGUGCGCACGACCACGACGCCCCGGCCCCUCGGCCCCGGGGCCCUGCUAGCCUUGUAUCAACAAAAUAA